UGAAGAUCCAUUGGUACGACGAAGCUUCUUAGUAAGCGUGGGUAUAUAAGCUCCAAGUCUCCAUCAAAUCAGCAACAGACCAGCUCCAUUGGUCAACUCAACAGCUCAUCAUGAACAAUCUCUGCCUGAUUACUUGCCUUUUCGUUGUCCUGGGUGCUGCCUGGGCAAACCCAACCGUUCGCGAAAGUCGCCAUGCUGUUCCUAUAGGAAUGAUUGAUGGACUGACUUUGAUGGACGACGACUCGACCGGCAGCCUUGUUCAUGAAACUUUAACUCCGAUCGCGAUCAACCCACGCACUUUUCUUCAUGCAACAAUUGACCAACAAACUGAAGAGCAGCGUUGGGGCGGAGGAUGGGGUGGUCGACCUUAUUACGGAGGUGGAGGAGGAUGGGGCGGAGGUCGUCCUUACGGAGGAGGUGGAGGUUGGGGCGGAAGACCAUACGGUACUAAAUUAAAAACAAAUUAG